UCACAGGCGCAGCGUGCACAGGUUCGUCUUCUUUCGUCUUCCUUCUUCCCCAUUCUCUCCUUUCUUCCUUCUUCUUUCUUUUGCUUCCUUUUUCUUCUUCUUCACGCUUGCUGCUCCGCCCCACUACUGCCGUUGAAUGUGUUUUUAGUUGGAGAAUCGACUGAAGUUGAACUGGAGUGACGAUUGAUGGCAAGUACCGCGUGUUUUAUGAUAGUUAGCAAGAACGAUAUUCCGAUUUAUGAAGCUGAGGUUGGCACUGUACCGAAGAAAGAGGAUGCUGCUCAUCAACACCAGUUUAUAUUACAUGCUGCUUUAGACAUUGUUCAGGAUGUGGCCUGGACAACUAGUGCUAUGUUUCUUAAAGCCGUAGACAGAUUCAAUGACUUGGUGGUAUCAGUAUAUGUGACUGCGGGUCAUACUCGAUUGAUGCUGCUUCAUGAUUCUCGCAAUGAUGAUGGCAUCAAGAGCUUCUUCCAAGAGGUUCAUGAGCUAUACAUCAAGACACUUCUCAAUCCACUUUACCUUCCGGGGAGCCGUAUCACCUCAUCCCAUUUUGAUACAAAAGUUCGAGCGCUUGCUAGAAAGUAUUUAUGAAGCUAUUUCAUUGCGGGUGUUUGAAGAUAGCCACUCCGGAAACUGCUUUCAGGUGAUUUUCUGUUUUAACACACAUUUAUACUAAACGAUCUUGUUUCAAUUCUGUAAUUUCUGAGCUUUAUCUACAUCCCAUAAAAUCUCAUUACCGGUUCAAUCACUCGGGUCAUCUUUUAUUCUUUCCAUGCUACAUUCAUUUGUCGAUUCAAUUUGAAUAGUGCAGUUCUAUGCCUGUCUUAAACAUCCUCAUUUUCCGGUGGAAUUCAUCCAUCUUUAACA